AUGGAUCCACUUUAAAUUUAUGUAAUUUUUAUUUAUUAUAUAAAAGAAAGGAAAAACAAUUGUAAUUGAACAUAUUGUAAAUGAUAUCACUUAUACAAUUUUAUUCUAUAUAUAUGGAUAUUUAUAAAUUACAUGGUAUACAAUGUAUGCUGAGAUCAGUUUUUAUGUAUCAGAUUAAGUAAUUAAAUGCUUAAAUAUUUAGAAUAAAAAAGAAAAUAUUCAUAAAAAUAAUUAAUGGAUAUGCUAAAAUUAUAAAAAUAUUGUGAAAUUUAGAUUAUUUUUCAUAUUCCUUGUUUAAAUUGCAGUCAGUAUAUUUACAGGUAUAUAUCUAAAUCAAUUUUGUAGGAUUAAGAUUAGAAAUAGAUUUUCCUGAUUUUGCUAUCCUUUGUUAUUCUUAUCUCCUUAUAAACUUCAUUAUAUUUAUUUUUGAAUUUGCAUUAUAUGGAAUCAAACUAUAAAAUUGUAUUCGUUAUUAGCUUACUUAAUUAUAUUAUGAAAAAAAAUAGAAAAUAAUGAAUUUAAUAACUUUAAAGGAAGAAUUAUAAAAGCAAUUAGAGCAAAAACAAGUUGAUGGAUAAUUUUAGUAAAUUGACUAAAUUAAAAAAAUUGAUUAAUUUUCAUCUGAAAAAUCUUCAAGAAGACAAAGUGAUGAUUUGUCUUAGGUUAUUGUACCUAGUCAAAAGGAUAGAUAAAAGAAAAAAGUUACAUUUUGCAAAAAUAAUACAAGUUUGAUGUUUUAUCAAUUAGAGAGUCAUCAUAAUAUUAAAAUAACUAAAGAUAUCAAUGAAGUCAUUCCAGAGUAACCAGAAAAUUUUGAAAGAGAAUUUUACGGAUUAGAGAAUAAUAAUAAAAGUUUUUGUUUGGAAGAGUCUAUAAAAUAAAUAGAUUGGAUUGGUGAUAAAAAAGAUUAAGAGAUAAUAGAAAAAGUUAGAUAAAAAAAAUUAUUAAUAGUAAGAGAAGCAAAAGAAAAAAUAAAAGGAGAGCAUGAAUAAAUAAUUAUAUCAUAAAAAUCUAAUAUUAAAAAGUAAAUUGAUUUAAGCAAUUUAAGUGAUUAAAGUUAAGAUUAAACAUAAUACACAUAGAUAGUAUAAUAGAUUGAUGUUUUUGAAUAAUAGAAAUAUUUAGAGGAACAAUAAUUAUCAUAAAAAUCUAAUAGUUUAGAAGCUGAUAAAAAUAUUCUAUAUUAAAUAAUGCUUUUAAUAUUUUUAGGAAUUACAUAUGAGGUUAUGUUUGGAAUUAUGUGUAUAAUUGCUUUAGUUAGUGAAGCCAUUUAUUCAACUCCAACUGGAACUAUUGUUUAUUUAUAUGUAUCUAGUACACUUUAGUUCUUAUCAUUAUUUAAUGUAUUAAAAUUAUUUAAGGAUUUUCGUUCAUAAUAAACAAAGAGUUUUAUUUGGAUUUAAAAAAUAGGAAGUAAAAAGAACGAUUUAGAUUUAAACUAUUCAUUUAUUAUACCAAAAGAAUACAAACAAGAUGAUGAUAUGUUAAGAAAAUUAGAAAGUAGAAUCAAUUUAAUUACUUUAUAUUGA